UUUGUCGUCUAUCUAUUCGAAGCCCUCUGUCACCCUUCACACUUUAGCAUCGAUCUACUACUCCCUGCUAUUUUGCGCCGGAAUCCUUAUCAUUCACCCCCUUCAAUUCUCUCACCUCAUCUCAACUGGUCAUUUUCUUGCAGAUAGUAAGCUACUACCCAUUUCUCUCUUCUUGUUGUUUGGCAUACAUAAAUGAGCUGAGGGAAGAGUUUGUGUGGGGUGGGAGAUGAAAUUACUAUCAGAGUUGGAAGCUUUAUUGUUCUUUUGCUUUUUCAUGGAAAUGAGCAGCUUUUUCUAUGGCAAGAAAUAAUGAAGCUACUGCCAACGAGUCCAAGAAUGAAUCUAAGAGGGUGGUUCCACUCAAUACAUGGAUCUUAAUUUCCAACUUCAAGUUGGCUUACAAUCUUCUUCGUCGCCCUGAUGGGACUUUCAACCGUCACUUGGCAGAGUUCCUUGACCGUAAGGUCCCAGCCAAUGCUAAUCCAGUUGAUGGAGUUUUCUCUUUUGAUGUUGUCAUCGAUCGUGAAAUAGGCCUACUCAGCCGUGUCUAUCGUCCAUCUUUUGAAGAUGGAGCUUCGCCGAGCAUAAUUGAACUUGAAAAGCCUGUGACUGCUGAUGUUGUACCUGUCAUAAUUUUCUUCCAUGGUGGAAGUUUUGCACACUCUUCUUCCAAUAGUGCUAUCUAUGACACGCUAUGUAGGCGCCUUGUUGGUAAUUGCAAGGCAGUUGUUGUGUCAGUUAAUUACAGGCGAGCGCCCGAAAAUCGUUAUCCUUGUGCUUAUGAUGAUGGAUGGACUGCUCUUGAGUGGGUUAAUUCAAGGCAAUGGUUGCAGAGCAAAAAUGACUCAAAGGUUCACAUAUACUUAGCAGGAGAUAGCUCUGGUGGUAAUAUUGUUCACAAUGUGGCUUUCAGGGCAGUAGAAUCCGGCGUACAAGUGUUGGGAAAUAUACUGCUGAACCCUAUGUUUGGUGGACAAGAGAGAACUGAAUCGGAGAAGCGAUUGGAUGGCAAAUAUUUCGUCACACUUCAAGACCGAGACUGGUAUUGGAGAGCUUAUCUUCCUGAAGGUUCAGACAGGGACCAUCCUGCAUGCAACCCGUUUGGUCCAAAUGGUAUAAACCUCAAUGGAGUUAAGUUCCCUAAGAAUCUUGUUGUUGUAGCAGGGUUGGACCUUGUUCAGGAUUGGCAGUUGGCCUAUACUGAUGGGCUUAAGAAGGCUGGACAAGAGGUUAAACUGAUAUAUUUGGAGAAGGCGACAAUAGGUUUCUACUUGUUGCCAAAUAAUGAACACUUUUAUACUGUCAUGGAUGAGAUAAGUAACUUUGUGAAUUCUGACUCUUAGUAGAUUUAACCUUGUCAAAGUAGGAUGCUUGACGAGACGCUUGAUGUUUUCUUGAAGUUAGUACCUAGCCUUUCAACCGUUUGAAAGAUUAUAUAGCAUUACCAAUUACUGCUUUAUUGGUCUUGCUAGUGCUUGGAUUCUGCUCUAGUGGCUGGGUUGGUUGUUGGAAGCAGAAAACCUCAAUCAUGUAGCUGGAUCUGUGCUAUAUUUAUUUCAGGUACCAAAAGUGUCUGGAUAUUGGUUGUAUAUUCUAAUAGAUGCGCCAGUGGUUAUGGUCAUCUUGUCUUCGGCUAGCAGAUAUGCUGAUUUACAGUUAACCUUUCCCAUGUUAACCUCCGUAGUAGAGGGGGUAAGUCUGGUGCUGAUCCAUCAGGGGACCAACCGGUGCCUUGCUAAUAUUAUAUAGGUGAUCAUACUACUAGGCUUCAUGGAUGAACAUCCUAAAUUAUGAAGUUGUAUAAUAUCUUGAAUUAUAUAGAACUGUGUUUGCGCACACGCGUUAUCAUUGUUUAUUUUCUUUUCUAAUUGUCCUUUAUCACUUCCUUGAUCUUGAACACGUACAUCCUUAGAACACUUCCUCCCCUUAGAAGAUGUGUUUUCAGGUACUGUUUCUUUUCUUCAGGAUGCACACAAUAUGAACAUAUUGAACAUAUGUAAUUCAACAUAUCUCAUUGUUUUAAGCAGAAUUGUUUCUAAGAAUUUA